AUGGCUGAUUUGUUCGGCAUGCAGAAAUAUGCAAAGUGGAACGAGGAAUAUAGAUACAUCUUACCUGUUAUUGAUACGUUCUCCAAGUACGUUUGGCUACGACCUUUAAAAUCAAAGACGGAAGUCGAUGUAGCAGAUGCAUUCAAGGACAUUCUGUCAAAAUCUGGCCGAACUCCUAAAAGACUGACCACGGAUAAAGCCAUUUCAAAAUCAUACAAUAACUCAUAUCAUAGAACAAUUGGAACAACACCGGCCAGUGUAAAUGCCAGCAACGAGGAAGAAGUGAGAUUAGCCACAUAUUUUGCACAAAAUCCGAGGAAAGACAAAAUUGACGUGAAACUUAAAAGGUUCAAAUAUAAAAUUGGUGACUAUGUAAGGAUAACGUAUUUGAGAAAUGUGUUUACCCGUGCGUAUAAUCAAACGUACAGUGGAGAAGUGUUCAGCGUUUCCAAACGUUAUUACAGAGGAAUUUUGCCUGUAUACAGACUGAAUGAUUUGCAAGAUGAAGAAAUUAAAGGAACAUUUUAUGAGAGUGAAUUGCAGAAAGUGGACUAUGAUCCCGACCAGGCAUUUAAAAUAGAACAAAUUCUCAAAACUAGAGGCAAAGGACAAAAUAAACAAUACUUUGUGAAAUGGAAAAACUAUCAGAAGAAAUUUAAUAGCUGGAUCAAAGCUAAUGACUUUGUGUGA